GUAAGGUGGUGAAACAGCCUGUUAAACUCCAUGUCAGCUUUUACCGCAAUGCAUGAUGGGCAUGCCCAGCCUAGCCCAGCCCCUAGAGGACAUCAGCUCCGUCUUUCUUUUGUUUUCUAUGAAUCUGAGAAGAAACUGACGAUGGAGUUGAAGAGUUAGUAGAUGAAGCUGGUUGAUUAGAAUGGCUGGUUAAGAUGUUCUCAGAAUACAGGAUUCAUCCAGCUCUGCUUCUCCUGCUUUACUGUCUGCUGUGCUCAGCUGGAGAAGAGGUUGUCAGACUGCAGGAGCUGGAGGGAAACACCGUAACCAUCCAUACUGGAUUAACUGGAGUUCAGAGUGAUGCUCACAUACUGUGGUACUAUAGACCUGAGAGUGUAGAUAUAAAGAUAGUGAACAGUCAGAUCAUUAGAGGAGAGAUUAUCACAGACUAUUACAGUGAGAGAUUCAGAGACAGACUGCAGCUGAACAGAACCAGUGGAUCUUUAACCAUCAGGAACAUCAGCAGAGAAGAUUCUGGAGUUUAUAAAUUAAAUAUCAUUACUGGAAUAUCCUCAGUCUGGAGUUUCAGUGUUGAUGUCUAUGCUCCAGUAUUAAAGCCGGUCAUAAGAAAUCAAGCUGAAAAGCGCUCAGUGAGUCUCAGAGAGUCGUGCUCUCCUCUGUGCUCUGUGGAGAAUGUGAAGGAUUUGAGUUUGUCCUGGUAUGAAGAGAAAGAGAGAAUCUCCAGCAUCAACAGCUCAGAUUCCAGUGAACGUCUUUAUCUUCCUCUGAAUAAAACCGACCCAAACAACUCUACCUACACCUGUGUAGCUGCUAAUCCAGUUAGCACCCAGACAACCCAGCUCAACAUUACAGUACUCUGUUUUAUUAACACAGUUAGAAAUCCAAAUGAGGCGGGUCGUAUGAAGUUGCUGGUUGCUGUUCUUAUACCUGUUCUCAUUGUUGGUCUAUUAUUGGUGUUUAUUGCGCGGGUCUGGAAGAAGAAGUCAAAGCAACAAGUCCCUGUCGAUGCUGAGCUGAAUUAUGCUGUAGUUAAAACUAAACCUCAGAAUUCAAAGGAAGCUCGUGAGGAAAACAGAGCUGGAGUAACAGAAGUUCAGGACCAGAGUGACUCAGUGCUGUACUCGACUAUCAGGACGUAACUCAUUUCAGUAGCUGUAUAUAUCCUUUUUCAGAACAUUUCAACUUCUUUGUUCAUCCCUGCCUUGUUUUGAUCCGUAUUCAGUCUGUUGUUUAGAACUGGUCAGAAAUAUUAACUGUAUGAGAGCAUUUACACAAAUCCACUGCUGUAUGUAAAAAUGCACUUCAUUCUGAACUGCUAUAAAAUGGUAUUUCAGUCUUAUCUAUUGCAUAUUUUUAUAUGAUUUAUUUUGUUAUUGUAUGUUUAAUUUUUAUGACAUCACAACUGUCUAGACCUGUGUGAGCAGCAGUUUAAUCAUGGUUUUAUUAUUCACCCUCUUGAAUACUUGGGGUUCUGACAGAGGUGGACCUAUUUUUUUUGUGUGCCAUUUGUGGCAUUGUGAAAAAUAUCACAAAAACCAAAAACCAAACAUGCUACAUGGAUAAAAUGAUUAGAAAGCAAUUGUUACUCCAAUAAGCACAAAAAGGAAGCAUUGAUUUUUUUUUACAGUUAUAUACAUGCUUUACAUUCUGCAUAUUUAUGUAGAUUUCUUUUUUUUUUUUAAUGUGUUGCUCCUCUAUGGCUGUAAAUCAUUAAGUUCAUGCGUACAUUCACAAGCAUGAAGAAUCACAGUUCGAGUAUCUAAACCUGGAGAAAGGUGGGUAACACUUCACUGAACAGCAGCAUUUGUAAGGCUACAUGACACCUCCAUAAGCUUUUUAUGACAACUGACAUACACAUUAUGCUUAUUCCAGCAUCAGCUAGCGAAAGCUGCUUUUGUCAGUUUUGUUGUCAUUUCACCUCACUAAGCGUUAUAACUGAUACUUAUGUAGGGGUAUCUUAUGAACGCUGCUCUUCAGUAUUGUUACUCAACACUUUACUGACACAGUUGCGAACAAGCGUCAUAAAAGCAGUAAACCACAGAUGCCUUUGUUAGGUUUUAAUGACGCUGAAACUCAGUCUGGAGUCCUGUCUUGCUUUGUGAGUUCAGCUUGCUUUGUGAGACAGACCCCUGACGAAAGUACUCUUAUUACUACAUUACUAUAUCUUAUGUCACUUAAUAAUGUGAGGGUAUGGGAUAGUGGCGCUGCAGGACUUACAACAGCAAAGCCUUUGGGUAGAAUCUAACUAGUUAGACUUGUUGUAAACUCUCAACUCAAGCAAUAUUUUUGAACACUUUUAAAGUAGAAAUGUUAAAGUGAGCUAGGGAAAAAACAGAAAUAAGUGAGGCCAUUGAGAAACUAGAACUACUGACAACCAGCAACAAUAGAGCAGCUUCAAGUUUCAGUCGUCCCAAAUUUCAAGGUGUGUCCAGCAUAUUUUGUGCUCUGUAUCUUCAGUAAAAGAGUCAAAUCUAUACACACCAGGGUCUAUUCAAUGCUGUAGAAAUAAUCUAAUGUCAAAUAGAUAAUAAAGUUGUUAUUCUAUAACCAGCAAAACCUUUAGAAUAAAUAUAGCUUUAAUUAUUAGAAUUUUUAAAGCAUUCACUCAUUGCAGUGGAGAUGGAAGGUGCACAUACAUUCAGUAAGACCUUAUUUCUUUGUUUUGUUUAUGUUCAACUAACAGGGAUCUGCAAUUCUGUAUUUCUAUAGUGGGUGUUGGCUGCUGUGCAAGUCAGCACAUGAACCUGGAUCGUUUCACAACAACUACGACAACAUCGCCCCCUAAUGUUCAAAUGUGUUUCUCUCCAUACUGAAAAAAAAAAAAAAAAACACAUGAGGACAGAGAAUGCACAAGACCUUAAAAUCCAUUCAGCUUUUCAGGUGACCACUUAAACUCUUUCAGUGCUGUCUUAAAUUGUACUUUUCUACAUUUUUCAAAAAUGAUCCAUCAAAGCAGUGCAACACAAUGAAGCAGGUGGAUUUACAUGCUAUUCCAUGUUGGCUGACUAUGUGCAUGUGUGUGUGAUUGAUCUUAUACAUCUGAAAUAGCAUGCAGUGCACAUGACAAUCAUAAGAAAAGUAGAAACUCUUCAUCACAAACUGGAACUGUUUGAACCACUAAACUACAAUUUAGUCUUUCCAAGAAAUAUUUAGCAGGCUUCCUCAGUUUAUUACAUUAAAUUGACUGCUGACUUAUUAGUGAAUUUAACUGAAAAUUUUGAAAAAUAAUCUAAUACACAUCAUCCCUCCUUCCUUACUCUCAGCAAAUGAAGGUUAGGGGGAUAAGCAAACUUUUUACAGACACAUAUAUAGACUCAUGCUUUUCAUAUUGCAAUACUAUAUCAAAAUUAACUCAUAGCCAAUAACAUGAACAUUCAAAACAUGAUUAGCAUUUUUACAUCAAUAACUUUAUCUACUUUAACUACAGAUCAGUUUAUUUAACCUAUUUUUAUCAUUCCUCCAACAGAUCAGAACAUUAAAGACAAAUACUCUGAUAAACAACUAAUACUACAUCAAACAACCUUCACUCCCCAAUAAAAUAACCUACACUGAGUCUUCAGUAAUAAAGUUUCCAAAAGUUUUAAAGUUAAAUAAAGUUUUUCCAGCUCAGUUUUUCUUCCUAAAGGACACCAACUGGAGUUCCUUCCUGCUUAACUAUCAUUUGAACUGUAAUCUGAAAUGCCAUUUUAAAGUGAAUCUGUACUCUGUAGUACAAUAAUACUGUAAAUAAAUCAGUAUAAAUGUAUAUAAUCUCAGUAAAA